AUGUCAGAAGAGGAGCUCAGAGACAAUUUUAGGAAGCUCACUGCAGAAGUUGGCAAAGUCCUGGAAGCCAACGAUGAUGUAGAGGGGCAAUGUAUUGAAGAAAACUCUGAUGCAGAGGAGUUGAGCGAGCAGCAGAAGUCUGACUUGGUCAAAACAGCCAAUGAGUGUGAGAAAAAACUGCAAGAGCUAAAGGACCUCAUACAAAAGACAUUGUGGGCCAAUUUCGGGGAAUAUGAACUGACACAAGCAAUUACAACAGCAGAGUCGCAAGCAGAAAACGUGGGAGCUGUGGACCCAAGUAAAAACCCAGAUGCAUAUCUCUUCAUGAUCGGACAACUAGAGAAACUUGUGAAGGCUGCGAAGGAGGUGCAUAAACAUUGGAAGUGCUGGGCCCCCCCAGCAGAGCAACAACAUUUCCAGAGUCGUAUCAAAGACCUUGAAACUAUCCUGCCAAAUCUCACAAUAAGACAAGCAGACUUUACAGGGGCACACAGAGGAGAAACCAGCAGAUUGAGUACUACUUCAAACAGUUCUGUGGCCACACCAGCAAUUAAAUUAAAGCCUGCUGCCCUCCCAAAGUUUUCUGGCAUCCGCCGAGAGUUUCACCGGUGGAAAAAAGACUGGGAAGCGCUCCAGAUGCAGGGAGAACCUACUGGAUCCAGAGAGGUUAAAAAGUUCCAACUUCUCGACAGUGUGGAUGAGAAGACCAUACGAGACCUUCACCUUACAACUUACACAACUGCUGAGGAGGUUUUCCGGGUCUUGGAGAACCGCUUUGGAAAUAAGACAACUAUAGCCCUUGAGAUAGUAGAAGAGCUCCAAAGACUCCAAGCAGUUAAAGGUAACCAGCCCAGGAGGAUUGUUGAGCUCAUCCAAUCAGUAGAAAAAGCCCUGGUCGAUCUGAACGAGCUUGGCAAGACCGGUGCUAUAAAGAACCCUCUUGUAACAAGGACAAUAGAGAAUAAACUUCCUGAUGGCCUGAAGAAGGAAUGGCUUCUUCAUGUAGCUGGCAAAGGUGAUGAAGCUGAAGAAGACAAGCGAUUUGACUACCUCCACAAGUUUCUUCAAGGUCAAGAAGCCAUCUAUGAGAAGCUGGACCAACUGAGAGAGGAGGAACCAAAACCGAAAUCUGAACCUCGGCAAGCUCGAACCAGAACCUCCACCCAACUAAGCGACCAGGCUCAAGGAUGUGUGGUCUGCGGAGACUGCAAGCAUAAGAAAAGGCUAUAUUUCUGCCAAAAGUUUCGCACGCUUAAGCUGUCAGAGAAAAGAGAUGCUGUCAGGAAGCUGGGAGCCUGCAAAAGAUGCCUGGAGAUUCACAAGGAAGGUGACUAUUGUAAAUCAGAGUUUCUGUGCAGGAGGCCAGACUGCAUAGAACAGCGUGCUGCAGAACACCACUAUUACCUCUGCCCGAGAACUGGUACAUCCAAAGGGAAUGUCGUCCAGAGGUCCAAUAACAGCAAAGUGGGAGGUGACACAAGAGAGCGUUAUACCCAAGCCCAAGAAGAGUUCAUUAAAAGUCUCUCACCUAAACUUGCAGAGAAGUGUUGCAAUGCCUUUUGCAACACUAUAGCCAGAACCUCUCUUGUGUCCAACCAACCCAGUCUUCUAGCAGAGAAUGGAAUAGUGGAGUGGCCAGUCAUCAUGAUGCUCUUAGAGGUCACGGCCAAUGCAGGACAAAAAGUUGGGACUUUGAUCGACCUGGCAUCGGAUACAAACUAUAUAACUCAUGAUGCAGCUGAUCGUUUGAACCUUAGAAGUGAAGCCAUAACCCUUGUUGUCCAUGGUGUGGGAGGAAUGAAAGUUCAAGUCACCACAAAACGGUACCUCCUAAAGAUCCGGGUCCGCACAGAGCAAGGCAAUGUCAGAUCCCACCAACUCCUCUGCUAUGGUUUGGACAGCAUUGCAGAGAUUCACAAACAUGUGACAGCCAAAAGACUCCAAAAAUUCUUUCCAGAUGUCCCCCAAAAUGAACUUGUUAGACCAAGACAGAUACAGCUUUUGAUAAGCCAUAAGGAAGGGCGACUGGUCCCACAGAAAAUACGCACCGUUGGGGACCUUGUACUAUGGGAUGGGCCAUUGGGAAAGACAAUUGCAGGGACACACCCUGGUCUGUUUGAAGAGGCUACAGUUACAGCACACCAGUCCAGAGCGCACUUCGCCAGAUCCAUGAGAACAGCAGCAUUGAUGUAUGAAGAACAUAUCUGCGCCAAACCUACCAUCAAGUCUUCUUAUUCUGCUAUUUCCACUCGGGAUUUUAUUGAGUGGUGGAGAUGGGAUAGCAUUGGCGCCCCCUGCACCCCAAAAUGUGGAGGAUGUCGCUGCGGCAGUUGUCAACUUGGUGGCAAAGAAAUGACUCUGGCUGAAGAAAGGGAGCUGGAAGUUGUUAAGGGUGGCCUGACUUAUGUUGGUGCUGAUGACCACAGUGAUAGUCCACACUGGCAUGCAAGGUAUCCAUGGCUCAUUGACCCAUCUACAUUGCCAAACAACAUAAAAGCAGUGGAGGCAACCUUUCUCAGAACAGAGAGACAGCUCGCCAAAGAACCGCAGUGGAAAAAAGCCUAUGGUGCUCAAGUCCACGAAAUGGUUGACCGCCGGGCUGCAAGAAAGCUGACCAAAGAGGAUCUAACCAACUGGAAUGGACCUGUCUGGUAUAUUAGUCAUCUUAUCGCACCCAACCCCCACUCUGUUACAACUCCGGUAAGACUUGUCUGGAACAGCAGUCAGAAGUACAAAGGCCAAAGUCUCAAUGAUCUUCUGAUGAAAGGCCCUGACGUUCUCAAUCCGAUUCGAGCUGUCCUCCUCAAGUUCCGCCAAGGCUCCUACGCCGCUCUAGGAGACGUCAGAAAAAUGUACAAUUCUGUGUGGCUCGAGGAGAGGGAAGUCCAUCUACACCGGUUCUUGUGGCGGGAUUCAGAGGGCGAUGAGUUGGAACAAUACGCCAUAACCAGAGUGAAUAUCGGGGACAAGCCAGCAGGGUGCAUAGCACAACUGGCCAUGAGGGAGACGGCUAACCUGCCUCAAUUCAGCCACCUCACAGAUGAAUGCCAAGUAUUACAUGAGCACAGCUACGUCGAUGACAUCUUGACAUCCCACAACUGCCGUGAAAAACUCGAAGUCAUCACAAAGAAUGUGGAGCUGAUUCUAAAAGCAGGAGGGUUUGCACUGAAGCCUUGGGUCUUCUCAGGCCAAAAUAAAGGAGAAAGAGAAAAGGCAUCACCAAAUAUUGUUGUCCUGCCAAAUCAGCUUAAGGAGGAAGACAACAAGGCGCUCGGUCUCGGCUACAUUGUGGAUGAAGACAUGUUGCAUGUCAUGGUGAGGGUCAACUUCUCCAGGCGGAAGAAAAAGAUGAGACUUGGGCAAGACUUACUGCUAGAAGAAGUACGAGCACAGACACCAGACCCGCUGACAAGACGUGAACUGCUGAGUCAAGUUGCUGGUUUGUACGACCCAGUUGGCCUGACAACGCCAUCAAAGCAAAGAGGGGCUAUCUUGGUCCGAAGGGCAUUCCAAGAGGCAAAAUCAAAGUGCAGCAUAGUCAAGGACACAUGGGACCUUCCCUUGUCGGAUGAGCUCCGCAAAGAUGCAAUUGGAAUUUUUGAGGAGUACGUCCAGCUAAGCAAAGUAAUGUUCCCAAGAGCUCUUACUCCACCAAAGGCAACAACUGAACCAGUCGCUGUCACUUUUUCAGAUGGCAGUGAAAGCUCCUAUGGUGCUGUCCUCUACCUGCGGUGGAACUGCAACAAACAAUUAACAAUUCGACUAGUGGAGUCAAAAGCAAAGCUGACACCACUAGACCAGAAGGGGGAUGCAGUCAAAGCAGAACUUUGCGGUGCAGUCUUUGCAAGCCGCCUGAAAAAGUACUUUGAACAGCAUACCCAGAUCCAGAUAAAAAGGUGGUACCAUUUGUUAGACAGUCAGACUGUUCUUGGAGCUAUCCAGCGAGAAAGCUAUGGAUUUCAGACUUUCUUCGCUAAUAGAAUUGGAGAGAUCCAAGAGAGCACACGGCUACAGGACUGGUGGUGGAUCCCUGGACCACUCAACAUAGCCGACAUUAUCACUCGAGGAGCUGGGCCAAAGGAACUUGAUGCCCAUUCAGAGUGGCAGCAAGGGCCAGAGUUUCUAUAUCUUCCAGAGAGCGAGUGGCCAAUUAUGUCGUCAAAAGAUGUGUCUGUGACAGCUCGAGAGAGCAUUAACAAUAUUCAAAAGAAGUCAUUUGUGGCAGCACUCACCAGAGCCCAAGCGAAAAGAAGUCUUCCAAGUCUUGUGGGACGAUUUCCUGCUGGUGCAGCUGUCCUAAACUUGGUGGAUGAGAGGCGCUUUAGUAGCCUAAAGUGUCUAAUCAAGACUGUUGCUUUUAUCUGGAGAGCCGCCAAAAAGUUUAGAUCUGCAACAAAGUCCAUCGAGACCCCAAAGUGGGAGGCGAUUCCCACAAAAGGAGUUAUCACCGCCACAGAACGGCAAGAGGCAAUAAGAGACAUCUAUCUUGCUGCUCAAGAGGGGGUGACGUUCCCAACUACCACUACGGACCACUUGGUUGUGUACAGAGAGCCAGAAUCUGGGUUACUAGUCUGCGGUGGGAGAAUCCAUGGCUUCAGGGAGGAUGGCGCUGCAGUUCCCCUUCUGCCUUUAAAUGCAUGGGUCUCUACUUUAUUGGCACGGGAGGCGCACGAUGAGGGUCAUGAAGGUGUGGCUGCAACCCUGCUGAAAAUGAGGAGGAAAGCCUGGGUCAUCCAAGGAAGAAAAUUUUCCCAAAAAGUAGUGGAUAACUGCCUUUUCUGCAAAAAGUCAAGAGCAAGAAGCUGUAUGGCCAGCAGGGCAAUUCAUGCAGACCUGGUCAACACAAUGUCGACAGGGAGCUUCUUGAUGGCUUACCAACGCCUUAGCUACAGCGAGCUUCAGACAACACUACAACUUGCUGCAAACCUUGCCAACGAAUGCCCAAUAGAUGCCAGGGUGCAGAGCCAUGAAGAAAGCGUGCAGUAUGUGUCACCCAACACACUUCUCCUGGGCCGAGCCUCUCCAAGCGGUGAGAUCAGAACAUUUGACUUUGCGAACUACCCUUACAAGAGACUCAGAGAGAUGCAGAACCAG